GAUGCUUCUUACCUUAGGUGGCAAUUGUUUACUUCUAGUGGUUGCGUAAACAUCUACAAACAGAAGUUAUGGACUGAAUGAAAAUGCUUGCCACUUUGGAAUGAUCCUUUAUCUAUUCAAGACAUACAUGUUAUUAACGCAGACCGUGGUGUCCUUUUGGUUACACUUAUAUACGCUGGAAUAAGAACUGUUGAGACUAAUCUUGGGACCAGUUAUUGAACUUUGAAUGCUAUCUAGCAUUUAUGUAGGCACAUGAAAAUUUAGAAAGAACAAGUGUAGUUUUUCUACAAAUUGUUCAACUCAGAAACUCGGAAAUGUCGUCUCCACGUAAAAUCCAAAGUGAUCAAUACAGGAACUGGGUCAGAGGAGCUCUCGGUCUGUUCUAUCUGCAGCAGGGUUUACAAGACUUUACAAAUAAUGUUUCGCAAAAUCACCAGGCAAUGAUUUUACAAGCGUUGAGUCAACAGACUGGUAAUCCACAUAUUCACUGCAAUCAGUGCUCCAUAAGGACGAUAUUACCAGUUCAUACAAGCGGGAAAAAAUGUAUUCAAAAGAAUAUAGCAAAAUGCAACUGUAGAAAGAAAAGCAACAAAUAUUGCCAGGUCUGUAGCUAUAUAUACGACGAGAUAAUACGUCAACACCGUUACAAUGAUCCUUACUGGGACGUGGAUUCCUGCCAAUGGUGUAGCGACCAUUGGCAAAUCGCCAAGUGCUUCUUGACAACAUCAAGUAUGGGGACAAACAAUUCUGCUCAGGAUACAGACGCCGCCGGCUUACUUAGUAUAAUCAUAAAUAAUCGUUUCUUUCAAACGGAAAUACACUGCCAAAUCAAUGCACCGUACGAUGACUUUUGUCUGGCGAGGACAACACGGAAUGAAAUCCUACAUAAUUCCACACUACAGCUCAAAGAUGCCGAGGUGUCAAAAUACCUCACCACUAUGAUCGCUGUUUUAGAAGAUAAAAAGACACUUUUAAAUGACGUUACAGCGAAAAAGGCGGUUGAAAGUUUGAAACAGAUUAGCAACGACAAAUUGGUAAUAACGACUGAACUUGAGAGCAAAGCAAUUGAAAUCGCCCUGAAAGCCAUCGACGAGAAAACAGAAGAAGCUGUAGAGAAGAUUCAGCAAACAAAGGAUCAGAUAAUUGCUGAUGUUAAGGCUUCAGUGGCUUCAAGAGAAGAUAUUGCUGCGCAUAGUGUAGAGAUAGAACACUUACAACGAGGUCAUGGAGAUCACGAGAUCCGAUUGCAAAUUGUUGAAAAGAACAUGUCUGAGAUGAAAAUUCAGGUAACGGCACUGGAGAAUGAGGUUUCAUCAUUAAAAGAUGUCAAAAACUUGCAUCAAAGGAGACAACACUUCUUGCAGCAAAAGCAAGAAUUACAACUUCAGCUGUUACAUCAGUAUAGAGACUAUGUAAGUACAGACGUUUCUCCACUUUUGCCAGAAGAAGAAGUGGAUCUAAGUAAAGCUUUCGUACCAUUAAAGUUUGUUGAUGGAAAUUCGUCUCAAAGGUCGGAGGAGUCUAAACAAGAAAGAAAUAUAUCAUCUCUAGGCGAUAUUCUUUUUGACGAAUCAGGCCAAAAGUUUACUAACAUUUAUAUCAGUGGGGUAGCAGGAAUGGGAAAAACGACUUUCUGUAAGGCAAUUUUGUUCCUAUGGUUGAAUGCACAAACGCAGAAAAAAUGUCAUUUUCACGUUGUUUCUCAUGCUAAAGAUGUCCCAGAUAGGAAUCAUGAUUUUCAUGUUAUAAGGCAGUUUGAUUUUUUGUUUUAUGUUUCACUGAGGCAUGCUCUGGGUGAACAUUUUGUAGAGCAGAUGAUCAUAGACCAACUGCUUUACGAAGAUCAAUAUGCCAUACUUGAAAAUGUGCUGAGAAAAGAACCAGAUAAAUGUUUGGUAAUUCUUAAUGGCCUAGAUGAGUGGAAACCGUCUAAACCAUUUAAAGAUCUAAAGGGAAAUAUUGAAAUACCUUUAAGGAAAUGUAAGAGUAGUUACACAAUAGUAACAACCACAAGACCCUGGAAACUAGACAAUAUACGGCCGUCUACAAAAGAAAUUAAUGCUGAAACAAAGCUGAUUGGUAUUGAUCAAAACGAGAGAAACAGUUUGAUAAAGUCAACCAUUAACGAGUUAAACAGCAGAAUGGAACACCACAAGCAUAUGUAUAUUUUUAAAUUCAAUGAUGAAAUUAAAAGGUUACAGCUGCAUGAUAUAUGCAAAACACCGAUUCUGUUGAAACUUCUUGUCUGCUUAUGGUACGAAGAUAAUACUCUUGGUAGUUCUUACUGCAGCAUAUACAGCUCAGUUAUAAAUGUCAUAUUAAAACAUGCCGAUGAACGGUAUAAAAAAGAUGAAGCAUUCCAGAAAUUAAAAUCCGUUAUUAAAUGUAGCCAGACUAAGCAACUUCCUAAAUGUUUCAAAGGUAAGCAACUUUGUUGGGAAAUGUCCUCUUUGGUGUUUUCACUGAGCAAACUUGCAUUUUUUGCAUUUUUUGGUCAUGAUCGAGAAUCAGCUCUUGUUUUUAAGCGAGAUGAUAUUACGGCCUUUGGCUUGUCGGAGUCUCAGAUCGAAAUAAGCAAAAAAAUUGGCUUAUUGUCUGUGAGCAAACAACUGGGGCGAUCUGCAAUGCACCGGUACAGUUGCUUCUCGUUUGCUCAUAAAACUAUUCAAGAAUUUUUCUGUGCUGUGUUCAUUGGUGUCCAGUUUGAGGACAACGCCGUAGUUUCGGAAGAAAUAAAGAGAAACUGGAUCUCUGCUGAAAGAGUUCUUGGCGAUUCUAUCAUUUUGAAAUUUCUGUCUGGCAUGAAACCAAACGUUUCUGAGAUUUUAUUUGAAUUCAUUUCUAAAGUACUGGUUGAUGACAAAGAAAUAAAAUUUCGAAUGUCGUCGGACAUUUGCUCUCAAGAUGUAUCAAAGGGACAUGCAGUGACUGCAGAUAUUCAGAACAUGAUGACUGACUGUGUAUCUGAGAGUUUUCUUUGUGGCCAUCAUGAUAUAAAACUCAGUAUUGUCGACAUUGAGGUCACUGUUGACUCAAACAUUGCGAAAUACAUCCCAUGUUUCGAUUUGAAAAAAUUGAAGUCAUUUAGACUUACAAGUAAUAGAGCGGCAGUCGAAACUAAUUACAUGCACUUGCUUUUCGACUCUGACAUACCAACUUUAAAAGUUAUUGAAUUAAAUGUGAUUCCACUAUCUUGUUCACAACUCUGUCAGAUACUUCUCAAGGCAAAACAUUUGAGUCAUCUCAGACUGCAAGACAUUUCAAUGAAUUCCGGUUGCAAUACAGACGAAACUGCUAUGCCAUCAUUUGAGACUACUAAACUUACAGUGGUCCAUCUGGAAGGAAUUGAGUUAUCAAGUAACUCAACGGAAGAAAUGCGUGUGCUAACGUCUAUUCUUUCGCUUUCUCCUUACUUACAUCAUGUAGACAUAUCCGGCAUUUAUUGCGUAAAGAAAUACUGGACGCAUUUCCAUCGAGACAAUGAAAAAUGGAACAAUGUUGCGUGCAUACGAUAUUUACGUGUUGAAAAUGUAAAAAUUCCAGUUUGUACAUUUUACUGUUUGCUCUGCCUGAUGCAGUCGUCAAAACUCACUGAGUUGACGUUUUGUAACAUAAACUUGACAGAUGGUCGGGAAAAUUUGCCUGAAUCUUGCAUUGUAUCAAAAAACACUGCAUAUGAAACUUUGAAUACAGUAUUACUUGGUAAUGUUUCAAGUUUAACCGAUACGACGUGUAAUAUUCUUUGCACUGCUAUUUGCAAUGCACAUACGGUACAUAUAUGUGUCAUGGAGCUUCCUUGUUUACUGAAAGAUGCCUUUUUUAACACAGUAACACGAUCAAGUUCACUAAGAUCGCUACUGUUUUCAUACGUCAGAUGUUCAGACUUGAUAAAGAACAAAGACCAUAUUUGCCGGUCUAAUAUUGUAUUAGAUUCGUCCGCACUGAUCAGAUAUCGAACUUUCAGAUAUUUCACUUCACUUCAAAAGCUUAUUUUUACGAGUCCAAGAUUAUGUCACGCACAGUUGCAUAUUCUAGUCAAUUUCAUCAGGAAUGCCCGUAAACUUACAGAAUUAGACAUGUAUGACGUAAUAUGUAUUGAUAAAGAAGAGACUUGUAUGCACAAAGUUGACUUCUCACUACUCACAGAACUUACGACAGUAAACCUUCGUACAGUUUGUUUUGAAGUCGUUAAUUGUUGCACACAACAUUUAGAAUCACUUACAUAUGUUCCAUUGGACAAAAAGGAUGCAAAGGUUGAUUUUCUAAAAUUUGCUCCCUAUCUUAGCAAAUUAGAAUUAUCAUACCCUGACAGCAUAUCUAUCACAACAGUAAUUCCUACCCUCAGACAGCUUAGGUACUUGACUUUGAAUAAUGUGGACUUCCAAAAUGAGGAAUUGAUCCUUUCCCCACUGAUGAGAAAUCUGACUGAAGUGCGAUUAUGUAUAUUUAAGAUGACGGUAGAUGCACUCGGGAGGUUUAUGACAAGCGUUGAACUUUUAAGGCAACCUGUCCGGGUUAUACUUAGUCACUUUGAUAUAAAGCAGUCAGAUAAAAACGUUGAAUCUAAUAAAGUUACUUGUUUAACGGACCCGCCAAAGUCAAUUGUAGUUUGGACACCAUGUAUUGAGCAGAAUUUCUCAGUAGUAGAAUUUGAUUCAAAAACGGGCAGAGUUGCUUAUAUUAGACGAGAUGGAAACAAGUUAUCGGGGACAAGAUUAUCAUUUAGCCUGGAUACCUAAAUUGUCUGGGAUAUGAUGUUGUUACCGGUUUUCCUACGACCUACAUUGACUCAUUUCCGACUUAUUUUUUGUACGGCCUUGAUUAAAUUAUCAUCAUUUGAGCUUGGCGUUCUUUCGUAACUAUUCCUGAGAUAGCUAAUCUACCUGGUAGCAAAACUGCAUGAUCGUCAAAAAACAUUUAGUAAAUUUAAAGAUAAUUUCGCACCUACGGAAGUGUCAAUGCAUUAUUUAUUUAGCAAUAAGAUCCGCAAUUGAGACGACCUUUAUCACAUAAAGGGAUGAAACUACUUACCAUAUAUGAGGGAAAAAAAGAUGAAUUCUGGUUGUUACGUAAGUGUACUCAGAUAGCUCAAGCUGAAAACAACGUUGAAGUUGAUAAAGAUAUUCAACAAGCCCAAAAUUUUCAUGGUAUGAGCAAAAGUAGUUUCUGGAAAUGUUCGAAAAUAAUACUUACAGUAGUGAUUCCAUUAUUUUGAUAACACAGUUAUAUGUGUUAGGCAAAUAAACUAUAAAACAGACCAAAAUUGAAAGUAACGUUGGAUGAAUACAAUCUAAAAAGUAAAUAUUUAAUUGAACUUAAGACACUACAUCUUGUCAAUAAUGUAGUUCCAAGCUAUCUGUGAUUUCAACAUUAGUCUUUUAUACUCGUAGAAAACAGUUUACUCCAUGUCAUCCGCGAAAAAUAUCAACACUAUGAAACAUUGAAGUAAUGUAUUAAUCAUAAAUCAAGAAAACAUGAGCUUGAAGCACUUAUGGUGGUAAAAGCUAUCAGUUACUACUGUUUGCGACAUAUCUGAAAGGAAAGUAGAAAUAACACUGGCACCAGACUAGAAAGAAAAUACCACUGAACAUGUUAUACCAUACCCCUAGGUAUACUAUAAUGACCGUGGUCAUGAGGGGAAAAAUCUCACAUAAAACGCGUAAUUCAGUAUAUUGGCACUAAGUAUAUUGAAAAAGUGGUAAUUUAUCUUCCAUCAUGCCCAAAUCAUAUUGUUUCAGUAGUUCAUAUUGCAGAGGCACUCAAAAUAUAUUAUGCUUUUUUCAAUCUUACAGAAAAAAACGUGAUUGAUUACGUCUUGACGACAUGCACAUGUUAGACGGAAUGAAAAAGAACAUAAAGAAAACGAAAAAUAUUUACAGUUAUACAAUAAAAUUCGGAAUGUUGUAUGAAUGUCAACUUUGAAAUGAUUUUAAAUAAAUUUAAAAUCAUACAAUGGUACACAGUUGUAUCGUUUAUUUGAUUCACAUUGCACAUUUAUGCUGCAUAUACACAUUCUGGCGAACACUGUAGCUAAACGAGGAUUGAUAAACAUUUCCAUACCAGCCAGUCAGAAAAAAAAAUUAUUAUAUAGACCGGAACUACACUAGGAAAAUUCAUCCAGGUUUUUUAUGUAACGUUGAUAUAGAUAUAAAUAACGCAGAAUGUAUCUACGGUAAGAAAUAUUAAGACAAUGUUACCAGUAAACGACGGAAUAUAAAUUACCACUUGUUCAAUAAGCAGUAUGGAACUGCGCGUUCUAGGUGAGAAAAGCGCGAUUGAAUUGGUUAGUAUAUUAGGGGUAGAAUAUAACAUGUACAGCGUUGUUGUUUUUCUAUCUGGUCUGGUGUCAGUGAGCAAUACCUGCUAAAUGUUAUUUCCUGAUUAAAGUUAAACGGUGUUGGAACAGUUUACAGGUCAAUGUGCCACACUAUGUUUACACAUGUACUUGUUUGAUAAAAAACCUAUGUUUAAUUAUUACGACUUUAAAAACAAAAAUAGUUUCUUCUAUUUAAAUAGGUGAAACGUGAACAUUUACUUUCAAUUAAUACAUAAAAGUACAUCUUUUUGCAAUAUAAUGAAAUGUCCUUUAAGAAAUGCACCUCCUCUUUAUAAAUACAUAAUAAAAUUUUUUGAUUCAGAUAAUUUUAGGCUGUACUUUUUGUUAGAGCAAGCAUUUAGUAUGCAGAAUAUAAUUAUAAAAACACCAUUAAAAUGUUAGGUUGGCAGUUAGUGUAUGAUAUGACUAGAAUGUACAGCUGUACAAUAUAUUAAAUAAUAUAUAUUUUAGUGACGUCAAUAUGAGGAUUGAUCGAUGUUGGAAAAGUCAGGGAAUACAAACAAGUGUAAAUGAUCAGUUGUUUAAGUUUCAAACAAAUCGAUUACUUGAUCAAAAUCUGAUUCCAACAACUUGUAAAUUAUUUGUAAAAAGAUAUAAAAUCUAAAAGUUUAGAUUUCAUUCCUUGUAAAUCGUCGUUUUGUAUUGUGUAUGGUGCCACACCAAUCUGACUAAAGUACAUCUCCUAUUACGCUACGCAUAGGAUCUGAGAACGACCUAUUCAUUGCCUCGUUCUGACGAUGCUUUCGCUAGCCAAUCAGAGCCUAACUUACAACAUCUUGCAAAUCUACCUGUAGCCUUGACUUUUGAUAUUUACAAUUCUUAUGUCGUAAUGUAUCAGAUAGCCGCCUAGCUCAAUCGGUAGGCCACUUGCUUUGUAAGCGAGGGGUCCCGGGUUCGAGCCCUGGAAUGACUGCACAUUUUUCUUACUCUUUGACAUUCGAACAAGUCGUCUGAUUGGAUAAAAUAAAAAUAGCAAUACUGGAAAUCCAAGAUCUACAGAAGACGAAUGUGAAUGGGUCGUUCUCAGAUCUUCGUUAAGAAGAUCAAGUACUUUAGUCAGAUUGGGUGCCACACCAGUGUGAUGAUUAAACUUAUUAUUUAUGCAAAAUGAUGUGCACUAUUUAUCUACAGACCUGCUUCUACAUUUUCAUGGCGUAUGGGUGUUUGGGAAUGUCGUUGCCAUGACAACACAAUUAAUAUUAAUUCGUAAAAUAUGGUUGAAUUUGAAUUAUCUUAGAUAACAGAAUAACAAUAUACAAAUAUUUAGUUUCUAGUAUCUGCAAGGACAUAAGAAAAAACAUGUUUUUUUUCUGUGUUAAACACUUUCUAUUAAUAAUUAUGCAAUAACAUUUUUUUAUUAUACAAUAAUUAUUUCAUGUCAUUAACACAACUUUUUUCAUGGAACGGUCAAUUUUCUAUGUGGUUAUUUACAGUAGCAUGUUUUGUUAUUAUAUGAAAGUUAGUUAGUCACUAAAUGUUUAUGAACGACAAAUCUUAAAAACAAUAGCUCUUUGGAUACUAUAGAUAUUUUACAUGUGCCCAAGUUAGUUUAACUGGAUGUCCUAUAUAUGUAUAAGUUCCAUUUAUCAAAUAUCUCUAUCAAGUAUCAUUUAGUCUGUGUAGUGUUUGAUUUAUUGCAUAGUAUAGCACUCGAUACUUACUAUUGAUUGUAUACAAAGAUGAUUCUGCUGUGAAACUGCUGUACAAAUAUUAAUUUCAUAAUCUGUUUCCAUAUUUUUUUGUACAAUUUUUGUUAUACGAGGGUGAUUCAAUGAUUUUUUGCCGCUAAUGGACUUCCACAUUAACUAUUGUACAUAACAGCACGGGAGGUUCAUAUACCCAGUAAAGGAUUUUACUCAACAUACCCGUGAAAUCUCGAAUUAAUCCAUACAAUUGACCAAGUUAUACAUUGUUGAAUUAUAUACACUUGUAAACUGUAAUUACAUUUCUAUGCUUUAUUCUAACACGAUCCGCAGCAAUUGCUAUAUAAACAUAUAGCGAAAUCGCCUAUACAUGAAUCUACGAUGAAAUAAGGUUGGCUGUUACAUUUCACUCCCUAUGAUUGUAACAUAAGAAAUUCUACUUCAGUUCCAUUACAUACGAAUUAUUUCAGGGCCAAACGGUUGAAAACAGCAUUUCAAAAACAUAAAUAUAAUAAAGUCAUACUGACUUAUGUGUAGGUCCGUAAAACACGUUCUGAUCUCUACGAGCGAAUUCAAAUAGCCUAAUUAUGAUUCAGUAGUGACGUCAUAAAUGUAUGACAAAGUAUGACGUCAUAAUGAUGUGACGUCAUAUAAAAGUUAAGCUCGUCACUCGUAACACAUGGUCAACUCGCCUAAUUUGAUGAUUCUGUUCAUAAUUAGUUUGCGAACUGUUAGAUUACUAAUUUAUGAAUACUUCUCAAAAUUUUGAUAAAAAAGAAACAAAUAUCUAUACCUUCCAUUGGCUAUGCAACACUUUCUAACCAUAGGGGGUAAAUUGUAACAGCAUAUAACCCGAAUGACGUAUUACGCUGAAAAUGUAGUACUUUAAAAUGUGAAUUAUUUGCGUUGUUAGAAUCGAAAUAAUAAAUAUGUUCCAAUAAUUUUAUCAAUUAAUAAAAUAUGGGCAGGAGUUUGGAUGCGUAAUAAUUAAAUCACGAGUGCGUAACACGAGUGAUUUAAUUAUUCGCAUCCAAACGACUUAAUCUUAAUCUUAAAUAAAACGUGAAAAAAUAGAAGUUAUGGCUCACAUUAAUGUUUGGAUUUCUUUGCGGGUAUUGCCAAAAGAGAUAUAUUCUGACUUUUUCGUAUCCGUGGUGGUUUUAUAAUGACGUUAGGAACAGUUUUUGUUGGGUUAAAAAAUUCAAGAGGUCAAAAUUUGUCUUCAAAACUUCCCAGACGUGUCAUCUCUAGCAACAAACAAAAAAAUUGUUGCCAUAAGAGGUAUAGUAAAUAGUCGAUAUUCAAUUUUCCAAAUAGCUCUCACUAUAGACAUUUCAGACGAUACUGUCCAUUAUACUCUUACUAACCGUUUGAAAUUACAGAACGUUUGUGAAAGAUGGGUCCUCCAUUUGUUGACUCCAAACCAACAGUCCAAACAUUUAGAUUUUGCCAAAAACUAUUGAAAAAUAAAAAUGUAUUCCAAAGAACAUACCUGAAUUGCUCAUAGGGCAUGAAACUUGGGUUUGAGUCCCUGCAUAUCAUAAAUAACAUACAUUGGCUGAGUAACAGUCUAUAUACAGAAGUAAAAAGUUACAUCUGUCAAAACAUUGCAAAGUGAAGGUGUCAAAGGCAUUCAUUACAAUGCGUCUGCCCACAAAUGUUAAAUUGUAGUCUUUCUUAGAACAAGAAAAGGUUAUUCAGGUUGAGCACUCACCUCAUUUUCCUGGCCUACGUCCCAUUGACUUUCUCCUAUUUGUUAGAGAAAAUGCUCGAAGGUAAACGCCGUGACACUAGUGUCUCAACAGUACAAAAAGUAGAUGUUUUGCAGCGUUUAGGUCAUGAAUAGGAAUUCUAAAAAUGUUUCUGAGCAAGGCGAAUUCUUUGAAGGGAUGAGGUGAAAUUUAUCUUCAUCUGAGUAAUAACUGAGGCAUACGUAUACUGAUGGCAAAAUUUUUGAAUCAACUUCGUAGAUUAAAUUUCACCUAACUUGAGUUUCAUUCAGGAUACUUUUGCAUGAUCAAAUCUAUCUUUUGUUUGUGAGAUAUAUGAUCAUGUAUAGAAUACCAGAGAAAAUUUAAUGUAAGAUUAUUUUUGUUUUGUGUUCUGUUGGAUUAUUUGAAACUGUUAAUAGAUUCUAGUCAUAUAAAUUAUUGUAUUUUUUUCUAUUAAAGAUUUUCCGUAACACUUUUUGUUAAAGUUCACUAACUUCAUAUGGUCUUGGUUUAGUUCAAGAACCUUAAUUUGUUCAUUUGCUAAAGGUAGAACCCUAUCUGUGGUAAGAUUAUUAUUGUUUUGUUUUACAAGAAGUGGUUUGAUGCAAAGGUUGUUAUACUUCUUGUUAUCGUACAUUUUUAUUCAUUUAAUAACUGAUCAGAUGCAUGAUUAUGAAGUGACAUUGUGUCUCUCCUUAUAUUCGUUUGUCUGUUAGUUACAAAAUAUUGUUCAUUCUAUAUUGCAUUACACCAUUCAUUUUCAAAACACUUAGCGUAAGUAUUUGAUAUGGUGAGACGGCAUGCAGAAUAAAACGUUCAUGUUUGCCAGUUUAACAUAAAGGUUGCACAAUGAGAUCAAAGGUCAAAGGAGAGAGUUUUUUGUCAAUUCAAUAUUUUUAACGCCGCAAAUACCUUGUGUGUGUGUAUGUGUGUGCGUGUGUGUGUGUUUCAACAUUUUUUCAGUCAUAUAAACGACGGUGUCUACUUGUAGCAGUGAGCACAAAGCCCAACUUUAUAGUGCUGCCUCACUGGAAUAUCACGCCGUAGACACGUGGCAUUACACCCCACCCAGUCACAUUAUACUGACACCGGACUGACCAGUCCUAGCACUAUCCCCUUAAUGCUAAGCGCCAAGCGAGGGAGCUGCUAGUACCAUUUUUUACGUCUUUGGUAUGACGCGGCCGGGGAUCGAACCCACGACCUCCCGCACUCGAAGCGGACGCUCUACUGCUAGGCUACUGAGGCGGUCGCAAAUCCUUGGUUCAAGGUCAAAGUCGUAAGACGAUAUAAAAAAUAAGAAGUCAUUUUUUAUGCCCGUUUCAUAUUUAUCCCGUAUACAAUUUUCAAAAAGUGUUGGAAAACAUAUUGCAACGACAUUUAGAAUGCAACCUUAAGCUUUAUUCAAGGUUAUGGUUAUACUAAGAGAUCAAAGGUCAGGUCAAAGUCAGUAUGCCUCUAAACAUCUUAUUAACAUUAAGUGAAAUUUUCCAUACAAUGAGACAAUUUUUGAAUAUAAUCUUCGGUAAUGUUGGUUUAAAAACAAUGUCGCACAUGAGCUCAAAGAAAAUGUGGUAAAUUAUGAACUUAUUUCUGCAAGUUGUAAGGAAUGCUGGUUCAAAGUCAAUGCCUAAUUCAAAGGUUAUAUAUUAAACAGACAGUUUAUAUAAUUGCUUAAAGAUUAUUCUUUGUUUAUUCAUUGAAUGUAUGGCAUGUCGUUUUGGUAGAGAUAUGUUUUAUUUAUUUCCAUAAAAUAACCAUCUGGUUCCGUUAAUGCACAAGAAAUAUUGAAAUAAAAAAAAAACAUUUUUUUAUUUGUACAUUUGUAAAUAUAUUAUUUAAUUUUGUUAUUCUUGGUGUAAAUAAAUAAUUCAAUCAAGUUAUGCGAUGAAACAAAAAGGUUCAUUUUAUUUGUAGUGUUAGCUGCCAAAUGUUGCCUAUUUAUGAAUAAAAAAGAAUGUUAUUCUUUAUGGUAUGUAUUGUCCCAUAAAAUAUCUUUAUUUUCAUGUAAUGUACAGGUAAAAUAGUGUUGUUAUGUUUAUAUAAAUCCAGCGUUUGUGUUCAGUGUGAUCAAUGAUGUGAUCAAUGAUUGUUGCAAUUACUAUUAUUAUGUGUGCCAAAUUUUGAUGUAAUUAUCGCUUUUAAUUUCAUUUCAUUUUGUGGACGAACCGUCAGGGGAGGUAACUAGAGUCACGUAUUGGGACUAAACCUACGUAACUAGUCAACGAGACUAAUGUUGUCGUUGCUUGACUCUUUAUGUUUUUGUUGUUCUUCAAGUUAAAAUAGGUUUGAGAUGAUAAUAGAAACAUACUUUGACAACUUAUUAUUAAAACAGAUUUACAAAAUGAAUUUUCACAUAGUCGGCAUGAAUCAUGCAAAGAAAAACAUCAUCUAAAAGAAAUGAACGUCCCUUAAUGCAGGUCGUGUAAAUGUGUGACAAAAUUGUAUAAAAUUGAUAUAUUAAAUAUUUUGUUUUUGUGCUACAUGAUAUUUUCUAUUCUUAUGUUCUGAAAUAUUUGUCAUAGGUAUGAAUACUUGAUAAUCACAUUAGAAAGAAUUAUUGAAUCCAUUGUUUUGAUUACUAUCCUUUAUGACUAAGACUGUGUACGUGCAUUUUGCAAUAGAGCAGUGUCUAAUUAUUCAGUUACGCAUAUUCUAUAUUUGUAAGCUUAAUUAAGGCUGAUUCAUUUGUUUAGAUAUAUUGGAGCUUCAAGUCCUAAUAUCACAUUUUUCAAUCACUUUUGAAGGUGUAAAUACAAAUGAAAAGAGUACUAUAUAAAUGUAGUAUAAGACAUUUAUAUUAUUGUCUAUUUUGUUUGACACUGCGGCAUUUUGUUGUGUUUGAAAGUGCUAAAAAUAAUGUAUAUUAUUUACAUUUUAUUCCUUCUACAUGGAAAUUGUUUUUAUGUUAACUAAUUUACUUUUAUAGUACUAAUAAUUCGUACAUAUGUAAUAAUGAUGAAUGACAUAUUUUUAGUAUCGAAUUGAUGAUGCUGAGUAUUAUCUUUCAAAGCCUGUUAUAUCUUAUCGGUAUAAAGACUUUGGAUAUGAUUAGUAUCGAUACUGAAAUUGUCUCUUUGUUUUGUUUUGUUUUUUUGUUCAUGAACAGGACAAAAAUAAAGUAAACUGAAGUAAA